AUGACUAUCAGUUGUGGUUGCAAGGGCUGCUCUAAUUUCUCAAAGCAUGUUAUUCUCUUCCUAAUCAUUUUAUUGUUUAGCACUAGAGAAUGCUGUGAGGAUCAUCCACAUGCGUCUAAGAGGAUCAAUCGCUUGGAGAGCAAAAGGAGAGCUCUACUUUCCAUCAAGUCUGACUUGUAUAAAUCUGACUACUGGCUUUCUUCUUGGACUGGUUACGACUGCUGCAAGUGGCGAGGAGUUUCUUGUGACAACACCACCAACCAUGUCAUUAAACUUGAUCUUCACUACCCACUUGAUCAAUAUCUUGAUCUUCCUAAAAAAAAUUUGUCUCGGAAUCAUAUCACUGGAGAGAUACCUCUGAGCAUGGCCAACCUCACUAGCUUAUUAUAUUUGGAUUUGUCGUCUAAUGGAUAUUUUGGACGUAUACCAGAUUUUCUGGGCAAUCACUCUAGCUUGUUACUUAUGGAUUUGUCAUCUAAUGAAUUUUCUGGACGCAUACCGGAUGCUUUCUGCAAUCUCAUCUAUUUGGAGGAUUUAUUACUAUUUGAUAAUAAUAUUUCUGGUCAAAUACCAGAAAACAUGGGUAAUCUUCACAACUUAAGGUAUUUUGAUGCAUCAAUGAAUAACUUGAUGGGGCAGAUACCAUUGAGUUUGGGUGAUCUAUGCAACUUGGAAACUCUUGAUUUGUCUUUGAAUAAUAUUGGUGGAGAACUAACAAAUCUACUUGAUGGUUUGUCUAAAUGUCCACAAGGAUCUCAGUUAUGGAACUUUAACAUUCAUGGCAAUAAGUUAAGUGGGUCAAUCCCUUUCAGUCUUGGGCAAUUAUCUCAACUGCAAUUCUUGGAUAUCUCAUGGAAUUUAUUACAGGGCAACAUGACUGAGGCUCACUUCUCCAAGCUCACUGACUUGAGUGAUUUGGAUAUAUCUUAUAACUCCUUGAAUUUGAUUUUAUCAGAUGAUUGGGUUCCUCCUUUUCAUGCUGAGAAGAUCCAUAUGAGCUAUUGUCAUUUGGGAACUAGAUUUCCUUCCUGGAUUCAAACACAAACAACUUUGGAAGACUUAUCUUUAUCUGGAGUGUUGGACUUUAUGGAAAUAUUCCAAGUUGGUUCUUGGAUUUCAUUUUCAAUAAUUCACAAUUUCAACUUGAUAUAA